UUGGUCUCACUCUCUCUGCUGACAAAAGGGCUGGUGCCGUGAUUUACGCCAUAACAUCAAUUCAAAGAGCUUUCUAACCUCUGUAACACUCUCUAUUCUCUCUGCAACAUUGUAUCCUCUUACCAGAUAUUCAAGAAGCACAAAACGCCAUCAUUGUUUAUACGUCUCAAGCGAAUAGUGCUGCCCCAAGCUAUACAACACAAAAGCCCCCUCAUCGCACAAACAACUCUCAAAGCGAGAAGAAAACAAAAACAAAAAAAGGUCCACAAUGAUCGAACCGUCCUACUCAUUCAUCGUGCCCAUCACCAACGCAGAAGAAUACAACGACUUUGUAACGCACUUCCCGCUCUCGCCGCUCCUCAAGCUGUCUCCCACUUCGACAAGCCUCGUGACUCAGGAUAGCGAGAGUUCAGUACAUUCAGAAGACGAAAAUAAGACGGUGAAGAUGCUGAGGAGGAAGUGGCGGACGUUGGUUGAUGGGAAGAUUCGUUCAAGGGGAUAUACACCACUCUAAAGUUGGCAUAGGAUUGGGGUUUGCUGCCUUGAUACAAAUGAUGGAAGAGACCAAAUGGCGAGGAGAAGCAUUGGUAGCAAAUCCAUCUCUUUUUUGCAAAGGUUUAGCGGGAUAAUUGACAGGAACAGCGCGACUUUUACGGGAGCUAGGUGGCGAUGAAGAUGUAUGAGAAGAAACUACUAUUCGACUUCAUAUUUGUAUUUAACACAUGAAAUCAUGAAACUAAAUGCUAGAAACUUGAUGUUUUCUCUAUUG